GUGACAUUAUUGUUGUAUUUGAGACGUCCGUCUGAGUUGUCAUAUGACCAAUUUUCAUCGAGGGCCAGGAAUAAAAAAUAUGCUGCGGAUUUGUGCAAUUUUUAUGUUCUGCUUUUUAGCAGUUCAAGCUGAUGGCACUUUCUACGUGCUGAAUACGCCUGAAUCGUUAUCCUUCCAGCCCGUUUCUACUGCACUCCCCAGUGAACAGGUGGGUGACAUUAUUAAGGCAGCAAAAGGUUUGGAUGUAUCGGACUCCGCGGAUUUUCCUGGUCUUGUGAUCAAAGAUCCCUUUGGACUUCCACAAAAAACAAUGAUUGUAGUUGCAAACGGUUUGAAGCAACUGGCCCUCAGUAAUGACGUAGUGAGCUAUAGUGUGGAAGGUAAAACUGUUUCGGCCUCAAUAGAGGAACUUAAGCUGGCCUUGACCGAAGAUCAAUCUGAAUGCGAUAUAAGUUUGUCUAGCUCACAGGAAAACGAGCUCGUUAACUGUGUUAAAUCAAACAAUGAAUUUAUACUUGCGAAAAUUGACGUAUCUAAACUUGUUAAGAGUGGUGUUGAAAAAUCCAAGGUAGUUUCCACUUUGGUUAACGAACUAAAUACCCUUCAGCAAAAAAUCGAAGGAGACUCCUCCCAAUCAAUUCUCGUCGUAGUUAUUGCUCAUGAGGAUGAAAAAGAUGGUAGCACUUCCCGUAGAAGACGUGACACACUUGCCGGAUCAACAACUAAUACUUACAACCUUGCUGCUUAUUACGAUGAAAAUUAUCCCGUAAUUUUCAACAUCAUUCUAUGGUUCAUGGUUGCUUUGGGUCUUUCGCUGUUGGCCGUAUGCUAUGCCAUUGCUGACAUGGAUCCCGGCAGAGAUUCGAUUAUCUACAGAAUGACAUCAACACGAAUGAAGAAAGAUAACUAAAUCUCUAUUUUUAUAUAGGGGCUUUUGUCAUAAUUUAAAUUCUAUAUACAUAUUUUAAAAAUAUCUCCGAAAAAGUGGAGUAUUUCAAACUUGUUAACAUAUAUUGAAGUUUGCAAGAAAGUAUUAAAAGUUUAGAAUGUUAUAAAUAAAUGGCGCCUCAAACAUAGAAAUAUUUUGGGGCCGUCACUUUAUUGAAAAUUCAGCCAAUAUUAUUUGUUUGGUCUACCUCUAAGUAGUUCGUGUGUGUGUGUGUUGUUUACUUCUUGCGAAUCUAUCUGUAAGCUUUAAUGAAAACGAGGUAGUGCAUUCACAUAUAUUGUAUUCCAAAAAAAUUGUAAAACGGUGGUUACUGAAUAAAUUCUUAGAUACAAA